AUGGAUAGUAAAAAAAUAUUACAACUAUGUACACUAUUAUUUACUUUACACAUAACAAGAGCAAGCAACGAUGUCUCGUCAUUUCAAUUGCUCGCUCGACUUUCGUUCCCCACUGUCGAAACUAAACCAUACAACAUGCCGGGACCAAAAGAUAUUGACCCGCGGUUCAACUACGCCGAAGAGAAAUUCAAGAGCUUGAAAGAAUACACAGACUUCUUGAACAGUCGAAUGAAAGAACCACACAAUCCUUCAGAACGUCGUGAGAUCCUGGAAGUGGCUUUCAAAAAGCUGUUCUACUUUAUUGAGCUGCACUUGAAGGAUCUAAAGCGUUUACUGUUCGCGACUGACAUGGCGCUCAUGUCGAUGGUGCUGUUGAAACUCAACAAGAAGAUGGACACCUCCGAGGCCAAGAUAAAGUCUACACAAGCAAAGAUUCCCUUCGGCUUGUAUACUAGUCCAGAAUUUAAAUGUCUGGACACCUCAUACUACAUCGUGUCGGCGCACAACCAAGAGGACGCACAGAUGAUCCUCUCCAGUGAGAGGAAACCACACUGCUACACGUUCAGAGGUGCCUUCGCUUUUAUUGGCUUCUACCACCGCCACUCGGAGACUACGUACGUGGGCCCACAUGCCGAACAAUUCCAAGCCAAAGAUCCAAGCCAGGGCCUCUACUGCCAUUCAGAUGACAACUGGAGUGACGCACAAUGUAUUUAUAAAAUCAAUCCUCGCGAAGAGUUUCCAGAAUCAGUGGAGUACGAACCCAAGAUCUCGUACGUGUGUGGCCCUUACCGAUACUUCAUCCCGGCCACGACAGACGUCAGGUGUAUAUUCUCCAUAUUCUCCAUGAACUUCAUAUUCCGAUUUGGAUAUGACGGCGUUACAUACAAGAGCUCGGACCUUUCCUUUAUGUAUCAGAACGGGCAGGUGUUCUACACAGACGAGCCGUGGGCCGGUAUGUCGUGCUGGAACUGGGCCUGCAAGUGGCGCCACAAUCAGAACCAGCGCUCGAAUGAGUUCUUCAUAAAUUGA